ACUGUCUGAGAGCUUAGUCCAGGAGCUGGUGCUCACUGUGGGGUUGGAAAUGUCCAUACUGCUCUGUGUGUCCCUCAUAAUGCACGUCGGGUACUGUCAGGGUUUUCCAGAUAUCUGGGUGUUUCCUUCCCAGGGUCCGGUUGUGGUUGGUUGUCUGGAGCAAACUGUGGCAACCUGUAUUGUCGCUGCAGCCAAGCAAAAUGUUACAAUUGCCUGGAGGACGGACGAUCUGCCCCAUAGCGUAGAAGAAACAGAAACAAGACAUGAUAACGGCACCGCGACCACCCGCAGCGAGCUGAAAAUGAUUCCGAAGUGGAAAAUGUAUCGAAUGAAUGUGAAAUGCAUUGUCGUACUAGAUGGGAUGUUCAAGGACGAGCGGACAUUCACAAUGCAGAACAUUCACUUUGCUCCUCACAUGGUAAUUAUUGAAGACUUUAGCCACGGAGAUGCCUCGUUGCACUUUCUGUGCCAUUGUGAGGCAAACCCACCGGCAGAGUAUAGUUGGCGGAGGGGAGACCAAGUUAUUGCAUCAUCAUCAUCCAUCAUUCUUCCGAGAGAUGCAGAACCAGCAGUGUACACAUGUGAGGUGAAAAACUACUUAGGAGUAACUACUAAAAACUUGAAGAUUGAGACUCGCCAUUAAUCUGAUCUCCAAGGGAAAUCCUAUCAGAAUUUUUUUUAAAUUGGAACGUUCAUCCAGAAGCAGUAUAAACAUGGCGGAUACUGUCCCAUCUGGAAUUGAAAGAGAUUUGGAUAUCAUUCUUGAUCAGUGUUGAGGAUGUCAUGAUAUUAAUGUGAAGCCAUUACAAUAUGGUGCUGGCACCUAGAUGUUUACAUACCAACAUUUGUAAAAUAAUUGCAGAUGCCAAGUGUUAUCUCUUUUCUUGUUUUUGUAUUUAUCCAAUGAAACAAUGGCAUGGGCCUCAGUAGAGGAACGCCCUCUCUGAUGAUAUAAAAACUGCUUAAAUUCCAGUAAUAAAUGAAAACUGCUUUGACCCUGCCUGGUGUCACUAACCUUAGCAGUGAGGCAAGCAUGCAUAGCACAAGACCACUGACUGGAUGUAUCGGUGGAUUAACUCCACGUUCUCAAUGCAUAAAAGUUAAUAAAGACCGUGGGGAUGUGUCAGUGAUGCACUGGAGAAAUGGCAGAAAUCAAUGCAUAAAUAAUGGUUAUGUUUUUAGUUCAUCACAUUUCCUACUAUUUUUUACAAUUCCAAAUAGCCCCUUACACCUAGCUACUGUCUCUAAUAGCUAGCAAAUAAUGUCAUCUGUGUAUUCGAUUUCAGGUUCUUUUAUACUGUGCCUUAUGUCACGGAUGAUCCGCGAGAAUUUUGAACCAUCCUCACAAUAUUAUCAAUAUUACUAUCCCUUACCGAUCAAUGGGCCUAUUAAACAGUCCUUAUUUCCAUAGGGGCCCCCAGAGCUUACAAUCUGAUUACUCAGAGCGUCUCCUUCUAUGUCCUUUUGUUCAAGUCAGUCAAUAGAGGCCAGCAUGCUUCAGACUUCCUACAGACUCUCUAUCACAGCUAAAACUGGAAAUGGACCGAAUGCUAACUUCAUUACGGCGUCCUCUACAAUUAACUGAUCAGACACUGGCUAUUCGUCUGCAUCCCUGGUAAAUAAGAGGUGUGAAGUCAGUUUCCUGAAAAGGAAGUUACCUGGGUGAAACUAUAGACAGUCAGGCACCACGAUCUGAGAUAUGAUUUUUACCCUUUUUAAGAGAGACCAUGCGUCUUACGGACAUAAAAAUUACGUCAUCUUGUCCCUCAGAAUUAAUUGGACAUUUACAUAUGACAAACAUAACUCUAGGAGAUGCCCAGGUAAAGUUAUGGCGUUACCCCAUCAUAAAACAGGUUAUAAUAGUCAUAUUUGAUAUCCCUGAACUCCAUAUUUUGUGGGUAAUGUGAAUCUGUGCUCUUUACUUAUGUACAGCAGAGACAUCCCGCGAUAUGGCACAUACCAUAUUUCAGAACUGGCAUUCAUCUCAGAAAUACAGCCUGCCCCAACAGGCAGACUCUCGAUUCCCCGCCUAGAAUCUGCUAAAGGAGUUCUCCACUUUUAACAACACCUGAAGAUGGCCUCAGCCAGAGAACCCGUGGGCUGUAGGCAUAUUCGGAUUAUUACACUCUGGACAAAGGUUUCUUGGACUUUAUCCCUGCAACGGACAAUUUUACCAACGGACAUCUUUUCUGCGGAAAAUAAGUAUUUUCUUUCUUUUCUCCCUUUUUGUUUAUUGGACUAUACGUUCCUUAAUCACUGCACAUAUUGAGAACUUGUAUUGUAUAUAUAUAAUAAAUGACCUCCAAGUCAUUUCUCUAGCCAUAUGCCUGCU